GGGCGGCCUACUCCAGAGUGGUGCCCGGACACCAACUCUAGGUGUAGUGGCGUGCCCUUGCCGUGGUUAUAGGCAGGGCAGCAGUGUUAACGUGCAUGGAUUUGUUGCGUGGGAGGAAACCGGAGCAGCCGGAAUAAUCGCCAACUACAAUGGAGUGGGUAGAGUCGUUCUGCGGAGGGUGCAGGCGUGCUUCCUCUCCGGUAGGUGGCGUUCCACGAGCUAUCAUUGCGUAAACUGCUGAUAAAAAUAAGUAGAGCCGUAGCCCCUCCUUUGCCGCGUCCAACUCAACACUUGCUUGUGGUGUGGUGGUGCUGAAGUGGUGUUCUCGUCCACUGGAUUUGAUGCUCAAGAAGGAGCCUCCAACGCAUCACCACCGCACCGAUGUCUCAACCAGGGCUUGGGGCAGACCACCGUUUCUAGGAUUACCCCUCGUCUGCAGAGGUAGAUGAUGACAGGUGUUCGGAGCGUUUACUCCACGGAUUGCAACAGACUGGGAAGUAAGGUUUACCCACAGCUACCCCCCAUCGGAUGACUUGAGUGAGGAGUCAGAAUGGCAGGGGGUCGGAGAGGACUUGUGGCCCCUCAAAAUACUUUUUUGGAGAAUAUUGUCAGACGAUCAAAUGUUUGGACACUGUCACAUAGACAGACAGACACCAACUUUGUUCUGGGAAACGCUCAGAUCGUAGACUGGCCAAUUGUCUACAGUAAUGAUGGCUUCUGCAAACUGUCUGGCUACCAUCGUGCUGAGGUCAUGCAGAAGAGCAGCACUUGCAGCUUCAUGUAUGGGGAGCUCACAGAUAAGGACACGAGUGACAAAGUGCGGCUAACGUUUGAGAACUAUGAGAUGAAUUCCUUUGAAAUACUAAUGUACAAGAAGAACAGAACGCCUGUCUGGUUCUUCGUAAAGAUCGCUCCGAUACGAAACGAGCAGGAGAAGGUGGUCCUAUUCCUCUGUACCUUCAGUGACAUCACAGCCUUUAAACAGCCCAUCGAGGACGACUCUUCCAAAGGCUGGGGGAAGUUUGCCCGUUUGACCCGUGCCCUGACCAGCAGUAGAGGAGUGCUGCAGCAGCUCCAACCCACCGUCCACAAAGGAGAGAACGUCCACAAGCACUCGCGCUUAGCUGAGGUGCUGCAGCUGGGCUCCGACAUCCUACCUCAGUACAAGCAGGAGACGCCGAAGACCCCGCCCCACAUCAUCCUGCACUACUGCCUCUUCAAGACCACUUGGGACUGGGUGAUUCUCAUCCUCACCUUCUACACGGCCAUCAUGGUGCCCUACAACGUGUCCUUCAAGACCAAGCAGAACAACGUCACAUGGCUGGUGCUGGACAGCGUGGUGGACGUCAUCUUCCUGGUGGACAUCGUGCUCAACUUCCACACCACCUUCGUGGGGCCCGGCGGCGAGGUCAUCUCCGACCCCAAGCUCAUCCGCAUGAACUACCUGAAGACCUGGUUCGUGAUCGACCUGCUGUCCUGCCUGCCCUACGACAUCAUCAACGCCUUCGAGAACGUCGACGAGGGGAUCAGCAGCCUCUUCAGCUCCCUCAAGGUGGUCCGCCUGCUCCGUCUGGGCCGAGUGGCCCGCAAGCUAGACCACUACAUCGAGUACGGGGCCGCCGUGCUGGUCCUGCUGGUGUGUGUGUUUGGACUGGCGGCCCACUGGCUCGCCUGCAUCUGGUACAGCAUCGGGGACUACGAGGUGAUCGACGAGGACACCAACAUCGUGCGCCUGGACAGCUGGCUCUACAUCCUGGCCGAGACGGCGGGUACGCCCUACCGCUUCAACGCCAGCGGCUCCGGCAAGUGGGAGGGCGGGCCCAACAAGGACUCGGUGUACAUCACCUCGCUGUACUUCACCAUGACCAGCCUCACCAGCAUCGGCUUCGGCAACAUCGCGCCCACCACCGACGGGGAGAAGAUCUUUGCCGUGGCCAUGAUGAUGAUCGGAUCCCUCCUCUACGCCACCAUCUUCGGUAACGUGACAACCAUCUUCCAGCAGAUGUACGCCAACACCAACCGCUACCACGAGAUGCUGAACAGCGUGCGGGACUUCCUCAAGCUGUACCAGGUGCCCAAGGGCCUCAGCGAGAGGGUCAUGGACUACAUCGCCUCCACCUGGUCCAUGUCCCGGGGUAUAGAUACUGAAAAGGUCUUGCAGAUAUGCCCUAAGGACAUGCGAGCGGAUAUCUGUGUCCAUCUGAACCGCAAGGUCUUCAAGGAACACCCCGCCUUCCGGCUGGCCAGCGACGGGUGCCUCCGCGCGCUGGCCAUGGAGUUCCAGACCAUCCACUGCGCCCCGGGAGACCUGAUCUACCACGCAGGGGAAAGCGUGGACAGCCUGUGCUUCGUGGUAUCCGGAUCCCUCGAGGUCAUUCAGGACGACGAGGUGGUGGCCAUCUUGGGGAAGGGCGACGUGUUUGGGGACGUGUUCUGGAAGGAGGUGACCCUGGCUCAGGCCUGCGCUAACGUGCGAGCGCUGACCUACUGCGACCUGCACGUCAUCAAGCGUGACGCUCUGCAGAAGGUGCUGGAGUUCUACACGGCGUUCUCCAACCACUUCUCCAGGAAUCUGCUGCUCACCUACAACCUCCGCAAGAGGAUCGUCUUUCGUAAGAUCAGCGAUGUGAAGCGUGAGGAGGAGGAGCGGCUGCGGCGUAAGAACGAGGCGCCCCUCAACCUGCCCCCGGACCACCCGGUGCGCCGGCUCUUCCAGCGCUUCAGGCAGCAGAAGGAGGCGCGGCUGAACACCGACCGGCCCGACCUGGACGACCACGACCUGGAGCGUGGUCCCCUGUACACUGAGAUCCCCUCGGCAAACAAGGCGCCCGUCGCCACCACCAGUAUCGUCACGGUGACGGAGAGCCCGGCCACGCCCUCGUCGUCGUCCUCCCUGCCCCCCGGCUCCUCCCCCGCCCCCGCCCCCUCUGACAAGGCCAAGCUCCAGGCGCCGGUGUCGGCCAUCGCCCUGAUGGGGGGCCGGCCGGCCGAGCCCGCCAAGGUGAAGGGCUGGGGCCGCUUCAAGGAGUCCAUGGCCAAGACGGACCAGUGGAACAAGGUGUCCAAGGCCGAGUCCAUGGAGACUCUGCCCGAAAGGACAAAGGCUCACGAGCCGCCGCUGCCGCUGAAGAAGACGGACUCCUGCGACAGCGGCAUCACCAAGAGCGACCUGCGCCUGGACAAGAUGGGGGAGCCGCGCCUGACACCCCAGGACCGCAGCCCGGUGCAGCCCGACGCCCGGCACGCCUUCUACCCCAUCCCCGAGCAGACGCUGCAGGCCUCACUGCAGGAGAUCAAGCUAGAGCUCAAGGACGACCUCAAGAGCCUGAACGCACGAAUGUCGGGCCUGGAGGCCCAGCUCGCAGAGGCCCUCCAGCUCCUCAGGGCCAGAAGAACAGCUGCUGCUUCCCCAAAGCCCCUUUUUGAGAUCUCCAGACCCACGUCACCGGACAGCGACAAAGACGACCUCUUCUCGUGAGGGUGGAGAGAGGAACAUGUGAGUGAUGGACAUUGAACUCGGGCUUGGACACUUUGCUGGCCAGCUGUUUUGUGUUGGAAAUAUCAUGGUCUUCCUCAAGAUUUACUGGCUUUGACAUUAGGUGCCCCUCAGUGGACUUCCAAAGGGGAGGUACUUUGAGUUACAAAGCUUUGUUAAGGGAUGUUUGAGCGGAAUAGAUUUGCACAGGAGAGCAAUGGAAAGACAGUUAAACAAUUGAAAGCUGACAGCUACACGUUUGUUUAAACAAUCUAAUUAUAUUUUCCAUAGCACACUGAUGGAAAAUGAGCUUGACCAAUAAUCGUUAGGGAGCGCUUGCAUGUCAGAGACUUUUGAAGCUGUGCAUCGGUAAGGAUGCACCUUUGAUUAACAACUUGCAACAUUUGCAUUUGUUUUUACACUCAUAAAGAAAGGCAUUUUGGCAAAACUUAAUGAGAAAAAAUUUGCACUGAAUCAGGAUGAGGCUAUCAUUGUGUUUUAGUGUCAUUAUUAUUGUUAAAAUUACAAAUAAUGUAUUUCUGGCCAAGCUCUCUGUUACAUCACAACGAUAAGUGCCCCAGCAAUGCCAACAUCAAUUUGUUGUUUAUUUUUUUAAUUUUAUUUUUUUAAAUGCCUUGAUUGUGAACGUGUGACAGAUAUGUCUUUGACCCUGUGCAAGCUGUAUGCUUCAAGGGAUUUAAAGGCCUUUUUGAUUUGGCUUAGCACAGAACAUCUUUAACCCAUCAAUUAUUGUAUCCAGAUACAAAAAGUAACGAUAAACAAAGCAUGAAAUAUCCAGGUUGCCUAAUAUUUUUUCAUAUGUACCAUGUCGCAGCUGUAAUAAUUUAUAUUUAUCAUAGUCGCUGUACAUAAGAUACACUACACGGUUGCCUGCAAUGUAUGGAAUAAUACAUUUAUAACAACCCAACUUGAUGAAAUAUAAAUGUAUUACAUUUAUCAUCAAUUUAUUUUUUCAAUUUAAUAUACUGAUGAUUUAUAGAUUGUUUAUCAAAGGAUUCCAAUUCUUGGUUCAGUUAUACAAUCAUAACCAUUAGCAGGGCCCCUAUAUUAGUACUAAGAGUGAUAACAUCACCUUUGUAUUAAGUCCUACGUACUUACGUUCUCAUGUUACCUCCUAUUUUGCUCUGCUGUUAUUAGUCUUUAUCACAAAAUUCAAAACCAUUUGCAACAUAUUUUAUAAAUAAUGUUGGAUCUCUCUAUUGUGUUAAGAGACCCCCCCACACACACACACACACACACACACACACAGACCUCGGUCCAACCAUUGACCGUACUUCAAUUAAACCAGACAGACAAUCCAGACCACCUCCGUUUUUUCUGUAUUUGUGCUACAUUUGUUUGUUUACUUUUUUAAGUUUUUAUUCUAAUCAAUUCAUACGACCGAACAACUAAGUGUUAUUUUAUUACCAGUGCGACAAAAUAGUGUUUUGAAACAGGUCGUCUAAUAGAAUGUUUACACAAUUUCUGUAUAAUACUGAAUGUUAAUAUAAUCUUUCAACUUGCAUGAUGCGUCGAUGGAACAAGGUUAUUAGCUGCUAAUUGUACUAGAAACAAUUAUUUUUACUUGUUCAUUUCAAAUGACAGACAAGACAGUGCUAAUGCUGGGACUUUGAUGACAACAAAUGUUUGUCGGGACACCUAUGAUAUGCACAGUUUAUUGUAUUAACAUGUAUCUGCAAGAACUGUCUCAUAAUCCCUUCACAAAUCCCUGUUGCAAUUUAUUUAUUUUUACAUCACUUUUCAUUGGCAACUCAAGUCCAAGAGGCAAUACAUACAAGUGUCUUACACUCUUAUGAAAUCCAGCAUUAACAUAAUCAUUAUUAUUAAACUACACUGAUAAGUAGAUGAAUUUAGCUACAAUUAGCAUGACCCACAGUAACAGAAACCAUGGCUCACGGAAUGAAACAUCUAUACAUCAUGUUUAUUUACAACCUUUACAGGUUGGGAAGUUCAAAAUGCACCACAUUAUGGAAAUAGAAGUGAUACACUUUCCAGUAUAAUGAGCGAACAUACAACGAUAUUAUAUUCAUGAACUAUUCCAUAUGAAUUGACAUGCAUUUUUUUAGUGAUGACACUAAAGGCUUGAAUAAAGAGGGAUGGUUUUGUAUGCCGGAAGGUGAUUCCUAUUUUAUCAUGUACUUUGCAAGUAGCAUGAAGAGGUGCUGAAAAGAGAAAUGAAAUAGGCAACGGGAUAUGAUGAGUCAGUCUAUGAACUUGCAGUAGCUCUUAAGCCACAUUUGUAAACGGUCUAUUGCCCACCAUCCUAGAUGAAAAACGAAUCGAUUGAAUGCAACACUGCUAAGUGUUGAUCAUUCACUCUUCCCCUACAGUACAUGGGGAUGGUAUUGCAUGAUGGUGGAGCUUCAGUCCAGAACUUAAAAAGCAAUAUCUAGAACUAUUCUGUAUCAUUAUAAUGUUGUCCCAACUAGAAGGGACAUCUUGCAAAAUGCAGCAUUGCUUAUUUUGAAUACGGUGUCCCAUUAUGAAAAAUAACAUGACUGCAAUCAUAAAAACAUUGCCAUCACUACUUUUGCUUGACGUAUUACACUCAACAUUCAGUCAGUUAUUACUGUCCUAUUACCAUUGCCUGGUAUUUAAAAGCAUGUAACUGUGCCUUCAGGAAAGUCCCCUAAUAAGUCAUGCCCAGUCCUGCAGUAAAUUAUUAUAGACGAGAGGAAGCAUGAAUCUGGAAGUUGAAGAGGAUAUUUCUAUUUUUUGGUGGUCAGCUCUAGGAUGUGCCUAUCUUGCCAGACUUCUGGAUCCACCGAUUAUACUGGAAUGAGUUGUUUAUACGAAAUUUGAUAAUUUUGGCUGCAUUAUUCUGUCAUAUGUAAUAUUCACAUGCCUGUAGACAUA